UUGUAGGGUAUAACUACCACUGCCAUUGCGUGCAAUUUAAGCUAAUGGAUUCCAUGGGAGCAUUAAUGUAUUUGUAUACUACUGACCUUCGGCUUGCACCUACGUACAUUGUAUACAUAUAGUCGCUUGCUUGUGAGUGACGCUUGCAUUAGCCAACGCCGGGAUCAGUCGCUCAAUCAGCUCCUUGCUGUACGCAUCGAACGUCUGUUGUGAUUUACCUAUACAUACAAGUACGCUCGUGUAAUAUGGCUGCAUUAAGUAAAUUCUUCGAGCCACCAUUCAAUUGUCUACCAUGCGCAGAUUUGUUAUUGCACAGAGGUCAAACAUGCAAGCAAAUGUUGUGGUGGAAUUGUUAUCGCUGCUCUUUGGGGAGCUUGAGAUAUUUUCUACCAUUGGCUGUUUCGCCGCUGGUGCUCAGGCCGAAGAGUUUAAAUCGACAAAUGCUCCUAAAUAUUCUGCGCCACUACUUGGAAUCUUCAUUGUGGAGUGCUUUGGCUUGUGCCUUAACUUUUUCCGGCAUAUGUUUGUUUAGGAAUCUACUCGGAAGAUAUUACUUGUACACAGCCACAUGCCUGCCAACAUAUUUAGCAUUUCAGCUGAGCUGGUUCUUUCCGAUACGCACCGUACGCCUCUUUAGCACUGCUACAACGCAAGCGGUACUGGAGACUUUGUUACGCGAUCGUAAAAGCUUUAUCACCCGCUCGCUGCCAAUGCAAACACUAAUAUUUAUGCUCUCGAGCGCUGUCAUAUUGCACACGAAGCGGCAUAAGGAGUUCAAUGGAUUUUGGUUUAUUCAGCCCAUUACAACUGGCACAAAACAAAAGAAGUCCGAAAACUACGAAGAUCUGAAAGAGGCGAGAUCCUGUAUACAUGAAGGCAAAACUUGCUUUCGAUUUAUUUUGGAAGGCAUGAGGACAUAUUUACUGUAUGGCAUACCAUUAGAUUUGUUGAGUAUUAUGACUAAAGGCAAAGCACCGCGAAGUUUGAAGGAACUCAAAAUGUUACGCUUCAAAAUGACCACUUUUUUUCUGUCCUACAUAUCCAUAUAUAGGCUAUCAAGCUGUAUUCUGACUCGCUACUCAAAUUCCAAUUAUGGUACACCACAACAUUUGCUAUCAGCCGGUUUAGGCGGCCUUUCGUAUAUCUUCUUGGACAAGCUUACAUUCAGCGUACUAGCCCUGGUGAUAGCAAUUCAAGCAGCUUGGCAAUCCUGCUGUAAUCAGCAUUUAAAACACGUUGAAAGUGGGCCAUUUUUAUUACUCAAAAGAAUUCCCUUUGCAAAGCUGAUGAUUCAAUUCAAUAUUGCCUAUUUGGCGCACUGUUAUGUCUUCAACCACGAUUCUAUGUCCAAUUUAGCGAAGGGAUUUUUUCGCGGCAUAACAGAUAAUAGGUUUGAACGCAUUUACCAAUUUAUAAUGAGUUUAUUAGUUGAACACGGAAAAGUGAGGUUAUGAUUUUGAGCGUUUGAUUUUUGAUGAUUUUUUUAAACGAUAUUUGAUGAUUUUUUUGAAUGAUUUUUUAAGUGUUUUCAUCAAAGUGAAUUUUACUGAACAAAAUCGCACCUUACUGCGAAUAUAUGUGAAAUAUAUGUCACCAAAUUUUGUUUCAUAUAUUGUAAAAAGUUGUAUGCGAGUAUAUGCAUUUGAUUUACUCGAAACAAAUAACUUGCGACA